UGAGGUUUGGCGCGUAGCGGGCCGUACACGCACAGGCAGGCGACCUGACUGGCCACAGUUCUCGCUGUUCGUUCAUUCGCAUUUGUAUCGUUGCGGGUUGUAUCUGAUGUACCGUACGUUUCCACGGCGUCUAUCAUAAACGUAAAACGUGAUCUCGCGUAGUUCGAAGUUGCGUCAGAUAAUUCCCGCAAAUGAAAAAUAAAUAUGAAUAUUACGGAGCUGCAGACUGAAAUUUCCAAUGAGGACACAAAGGCCUUAUGGGUUUUUGCUUAUGGGUCGCUUUGCUGGAAACCCGGAUUUGAAUUCCAUAAAGCAAUUACUGGCUUUGUGAAAGGAUAUGAAAGAAGAUUUUGGCAAGGAAAUAAGACGCACCGUGGAACUUGCGAUCAGCCAGGACGAGUAGCAACAUUAAUUGAAGAUGAAGUGGGUAAAGUACAUGGAGUAGCCUUCGCGAUUAGUGGAGAAGCUGCAAUUCCCUACCUUUCCCAGCGCGAAUGUAAACUAGGAGGUUAUAUUUCUCAUUUUACCGAUUUUUAUCCUUUGCAAGGAGAAUCAUUUAAAGUAUUAGUGUACAUAGCAACCCCCAAUAAUCCGCAUUGGAUGGGCCACGCAGAUGCAAAGACGUUAGCAGAACAAAUAAUCAAAUGUAAAGGAGCCAGUGGCCACAACGUGGAGUAUGUUCUUAGGUUAGCCAAUUUUGUGAGAGAACACUUUUCUGACGAACAAGAUCCCCAUUUAUUCGAAUUAGAGAAAGAAGUUUUAAUGUUAGUUAAGAAUCAAAGGUUGUGUUUGGACACUCUAAUGGGUGAUGGUGAAGGCUGUGUUAGUUUUAUUAAAGGACAAUUUGGUUCUGCCACGUCUCAGCAAUUGGAGGUGGAAGAGGACAGAGCAGAUACGCACAAGUUUACUAUGAGGAUCCAAGCAACCAAAUUGCGUUGUUUAAAUAUUUAGGUUUUAACAAAUUGACUAUAAAAUGUGAUCUGUCGCUAUUGCCGAACUAGUAUUAAGGAUAAUAUUUUAACCAUACGAAAUGCCAAAGCUGACUUUAAAAUUUUAGACUAAGAGCUGUAUGGGAAAUAUUUGCUUAUCAUUUUAGGCAAUGUAAGAGCCUAUAACUUAAAUAGUCGAGCCUAAAAGAAAACGUAUGAGUACUAUGGAGUAAAUUUUCAGUGGUACAUGGGUCCACGGUGGAAAAUCAAACUUUCCACUUAUGGACGGGAUAAAUAAGUUAAAGGGUACCCCCGUUAAGAUAGGCAAAAUGCCCUCACUCCCAGAAUUAAAUUUUUUUAUAUUAUUAAUCAUUAAAAAAUAGAACUCAGCGCAAAAUUGCGCUGAGUCUUAUUUUUUAAUCACAUAAAAUGUGAAAAAAGGUAAUUCUGGGAGUGGGGGCAUGUUGUCUAUCUUAACAGGGGGUACCCUUUAAUUUAUUUAUCCCGUCCGUUAAGUGGAAAGUUUGAUUUUCCACCGUGGACCCAUGUACCACUGAAAAUUGACCUCAUAGUACUCAUACGCUUUCUUUUAGGCUCUACUGUUUAAGUUAUAGGCUUUUACGUUGCCUAAAAUGAUAACCAAAUAUUUCCUAUACGGCUCUUAGUCCAUUUAACCCGUUUUAAAAAUAUACCGAUUAAAUAUUCAAAAUUUUAAUUCAAUGACCAAUGUUCAACGAGAUAACCGUUUUUAUUAUUGUUUGUAUAAAUGUUAUAUUUUUAUGUGAAACUUAUUAAACGUAUGUGAAAUUUG